AUGUCGGAAGCUCCUCUCAAUGCGGAAAGGAUGGAUUUGGAUAUCCUAAAUACUAAAACCUCGGAAGAUCAAAAUAUUUCAGAAAAACAACAAGAAUCAUUGAAUGAAGAAAAGGUGGUGAUUGCGGAAUCUGCAUCUGUCGCAAGAACCACAGAGGAUGUCUCGAUCCCAGCAGAUACCGCAACGACGGAACUUCAACCCAGUCCGGCUUUGACAGGUGCAUUGGAAGCUCUCUUAGGUGGUCUUGAUCCUCCUACGCCAAUUGCUCUCGAAGCUCCAGCAUUUCCUGUUGAGUCUACGGUUUCCAUCGUUCUCGAAGAAACGAUCCAAGAGCCCGCUCCGGCCAACACCAACACCAACACCAACGACAUAUCUUCGCACUCAAUUGACGAGCAUAUUGUAAUUCUAAGUGCUGGUUCAGAAGUGCCUGUUUCAAACCCGACAAAUGAGGCCCCUCUGGCAGAGAACAUCCAAGAGCCAACUGGUGCAGAAUUGCCUGUCCCCACGCCGGCAAAUCAAAAGUCUAUUGAAGAAAGCAUUCCAGAACCUGCCCAAGCCACUGUCAACCGCGUCUCAUCGCAGGCAAUUGACGAUGAUGAAGAUAUAGUCCUACCAGACAGAACCUUAGAAUCACCCAACCCACCCCCAACAAAUGGAGAAACACUACCCCCGCAAAACGAUCAAUCUAUCCUGCCUGAUGGCGCCCCGACGGAGGAGGAACACCCUGAAUGGGAGGUCGAUUCUUCCCCAAUCGAAUCAUCAUCGGACGAUUCAAGCGACGACAGCUCUUCAGACGAAAGCGAAGAGGGAGAGAAUGCGUACAAGCUACUAAGCGCUGAAGAGCAAGCGCGAAUACUUAUGCAAGAAGGGGGAGGAUCCGAUGACGAAGAUGGAGGAAAGGGAGCGAAAGGAACAGGUUCCGGUUAUCGAACCAAGAAUGAGGUCCCGGAGGUUGUUGUUCCUAAACCAGAUGUCACGAUAACUGAAGAUAUGCCCAUCAAAGAGAUUGGAAGUGUGGAGAAUAUUGUUGACAAUAUUGUACUCAUCAAAGCUAAGACUUCUGGCGAGUACCAGGUACUGGAAAGUGGCUCCGUUUUGUGCUUGGAAAACAGAAGUGUUAUUGGGGUUGUAUCAGAAACCAUUGGUCGCGUUCAACAGCCAUUCUAUUCGGUCAUGUUCACAAACGCUGGUGAAGUCGCUGAAGCGGGCCUUAGCAUGGGUACCAAAGUGUUUUAUCCUGAAAAACAUGCUACCUUUGUUUUCACUCAAGCUUUGAAAGCAUUCAAGGGCUCCGACGCUUCCAAUCUUCAUGACGAGGAGGUUGGAGCUGAUGAGAUGGAGUUUUCGGACGAUGAGGCGGAAAUGGAGCAUAAGAAAAAAGUCAAGCAGGCGAGACUGGAACGACGCGGAGGUAGAACCCAGCAAAAUGGUUCUUCUCGUGGCGGCCAUCCCUUGCAGCAAAGCAAUACCUAUGAUCCAAGCAAGGGACUUAGCUAUGAUGACGCUGAAGACGAUGGGCCAUACAGACCUUUGUCCCGACCAGCUGGGCUUGCCAAUCCAAAUACACAUGGCGAGGCUCCUCAAGAAGGUCAAUACCCGCCGAUGAACAAUCAUUCGCAGAAUCAAAACAGAGACUCGUUUAGGGGUCGCGGACGAGGUGAUAGGGGAAGAGGUCGUGGAGAUCGCGGAAGGGGUCGUGGUGGCCAUCAGAAAGAACGUCGUGGUGGUGGUAACAAUGGCUAUUCGCAGGCACCUCAAGGUCAUCAAAACGUUGGCCCACCACAGAGUCCGACUACUUUUCAGCAGCCACAAUUCUCACCACAGCCAGUACAAAGUUCCCAGUAUCCAUCCUUCCCAAAUCUUGCAGCGCUUCCUGGAUUUGGAGGUACAUCGGAAUAUUCACCUAAUCAGCCACAAAUGCAGACCUGGCCCAGCUUCGUACCUCCUCCCCCUUUUCCACCACAACAAUUCCCACAGUCCUUUCAAAACAUGCCCAACAUGAGCAAUAUGUCGAAUAUGCCAAACAUGCCAAACAUGGCCAACAUGCCGAUACCGAAUAUGCCAAAUAUGCCAAAUAUGCCAAAUGUGCCAAAUUCUCAGAAUAAUAUGUCGAAUGGAUGGCCAAACCUUUCAACUUCCGGCGCAUAUUAUAAUCCGGCAUUCUUAAGUGGCGCCCAGCAAGGAAACCGAAAUCAAAACUCCUCUUGGCCACAAAAUCAGAGAGGCGGAGGAAACGGACGACAGUAA